CCGGGCGGUGCGCGCGCAGCUUCCCGGUCGAGGCCGAGGCGUUGUCGGGGCCUGUGGCGGGAGGUCGGGAGGUCGGGCUCCUGGGUCCCCCUGACGACCAAGCGCCAUCCAGCAUCGCCCGGCGUCUCCCCCGCAACGAGCUCCGCGACCUGAGGCCUUCUGGGCGCGUCCCUGGAGGAGGCCGCUCGCUGAAGACGAGAACAGCCAGUCGGGUGGUAGGCAGGAGCUGCGUCAGGGGCCAUGAUCGAGGUGGUGUGCAACGAUCGGCUGGGCAAGAAGGUCCGCGUGAAGUGCAACUCAGACGACACCAUCUGUGACCUGAAAAAGCUGAUUGCGGCCCAGACCGGGACCCGCUGGGACAAGAUUGUUCUCAAGAAAUGGUAUACCAUCUUCAAGAAUCACGUGACUUUGGGAGACUACGAAAUCCAUGAUGGCAUGAAUUUAGAGCUCUACUAUCAGUAGGGUUAUUUUCCCCUUGGCCUAAAUCCUUACCCCCCUCUCUGCCCCCAUCCCGUCCCCCAACACUUCCCCCCUCCCCAUCCCCUCUGUCCCAUCCCCACCCAAACCUUUGUCGGGCUAAUAAAAGGAGGAAUGUUUUAA